AAGUAGUCCCUUCCUGGCAGGGAAGGUUGCUCUAGGAGUUGUCUGUCGAUGGUUUUUCUGUCCUUGCCUUUUGCGCGUGGAAGGCGAAGCGUGCGCUGGGAUUGGAAGCGAAGCCGGAGGGAGAGGGCCCGAGCAUGGAGGCCCCCGGGGUGGCCCCCAUCGGAGCCCACUAUCUCUCGACAAAAGAAGAGUUCCACGCCUAUCUCAACCAAGGAAGGGAGUCAAGAAAUAAUAAAGAAGAAGAUGGCGGCGAAACUGAGAAGGGCGUCGGCAGUGAUCUGACUGAGCCUCCUGCCAAGCAAAGUAAGCUUGAAGAAGAUGGGGAGGAAGGGAGUCUCCCGGAAACAGCCACCGAAGAUGCAAAAGAGCCUCAGGGACGGAAGAGGGCCCGGGGGCAGAACAAGAGCCGGCCGUGCAUGAAGCCGACGCACUACGAGAAGGACCGCCUGUGCCCGUCAAUAGUCCAGGAACGGGCGGAUAAGUGCUUCUUUGGCUCUCAAUGCCAUUUCCUGCACGAUGUCAAGGAAUAUUUGGCCAAGAAGCCACCAGACCUGGGUGACUGCUGCAUCCUCUUUGAGACGUUUGGCAAGUGCAUUUAUGGAGCCACAUGCCGGUUUGCCCGGGCCCACUUUGGAGAAGACUGCAAGAACGUUAUCAACGUGGACCGUUUGAAGCAGUGGGAAGGGAAGCCAAUGGUGAAGAACAGCCUUAGCAAAGAACUCCAACAGAAACUGCGCAAAAAGAAAGUCUCCUUCGAGAAGUCCAAUGAGUACCUUCGUAGCCUGGCCAAAUGCAACCAUACCGGCGGGGCCAGGGGCCAUGUCAAAGGUGCAUCUGCCAUGGGAGAGAAAGGGACCCCAAACUGCUCUGCUUCCAAAGGAAGUGCAGAAGAUGCAGAUUUGGAAGUGGCCAGAGAGGAGAUGCAAAAGGUGGCCGGCACGAUAGAGAAAGACGUACCCUCCUCAGUGGUGUUGGAAGAUCCAUGUCAACCAGUGUCACCCGUGGAAUCCACACUCAAGGCAGUUGGUGCUGUGAUGGAUGAAGAUAUUGUAAAACUGAGGCCAUGUGAGAAGCGGAAGUUGGAUCUCCAGGGCAAGCUCUACUUGGCUCCUUUAACAACGUGUGGCAACCUCCCAUUCCGGCGUAUCUGCAAGCGGUACGGGGCAGACAUCACCUGCGGCGAAAUGGCUGUGUGCACAAAUCUGCUUCAGGGACAGUCAUCCGAGUGGGCAUUGCUGAAGCGGCACCACACAGAGGAUCUCUUUGGUGUUCAGCUGGAAGGUGCCUUUCCGGACACCAUGACAAAAUGCGCAGAGCUUCUGAACCAGGCCAUCGAAGUGGAUUUUGUGGACAUCAAUGUCGGCUGCCCAAUCGACCUGGUGUACAAGAAGGGUGGAGGCUGUGCCUUAAUGUGUCGCACCAACAAGUUUGAACAGAUUGUCCGAGGCAUGGACUCGGUGUUGGAUGUUCCCCUAACUGUGAAGAUCCGAACUGGAGUGCAAGAGAAAACCAACCUGGCUCACAAAAUAAUUCCAAACCUCCGAGAAUGGGGAGCCGCCAUGGUCACGCUUCAUGGCCGAUCCAGGGAGCAGCGGUACACAAAGAUGGCAGACUGGGACUACAUAGCAGAGUGUGCAAAAAUUGCCAGCCCAAUGCCUCUCUUUGGAAAUGGGGAUAUCUUGUCGUUUGAAGAUGCUAACCGAGCCCUGCAGACUGGCGUUUCGGGGAUUAUGAUCGCAAGGGGGGCGCUGAUCAAGCCUUGGCUCUUCACGGAAAUCAAAGAGCAGCGGCACUGGGACAUCUCGUCUAGCGAAAGGCUCGACAUCCUGAAAGACUUCACAAACUACGGCCUGGAACACUGGGGAUCGGACACACAAGGUGUGGAGAAGACCCGGAAGUUCCUGCUGGAGUGGCUCUCAUUUCUGUGCAGGUACAUUCCAGCCGGCUUACUGGAACGCCUGCCUCAGAAGAUCAAUGAGAGGCCGCCGUAUUACGUGGGCCGAGACUACUUGGAGACGUUGAUGGCGAGCCAGAACGUGGACGACUGGAUUAGGAUCAGUGAAAUGCUUCUGGGUCCAGUUCCUUCCAACUUUACUUUCCUGCCAAAACACAAAGCAAACUCGUACAAGUAGGACAGCCAGGGUGGAGCAAGAUGAUGGAGUGCCCUCUCUGCUUGAGAACUCCGUGGAUACUCUGUGGCUCUUUUGUUUAAAUAAAAGAGAGUUCUAUUUUUAAUUUUAA